AGUCUACACUCGAGGAGCCGCCCUCUCUAUUCCGCCAAGAUCUACUAGGGUUUGUUCUCAGGAAAUGGCGCCGCCGCAGCCCAAGACUGGGCUCUUCGUCGGACUGAACAAGGGUCACGUCACCACCAAGAAGGAAUUGGCUCCUCGCCCUUCUGACCGCAAAGGCAAAACGAGCAAGAGGGUUCACUUUGUGAGGAACCUGAUCAGGGAAGUUGCUGGGUUUGCUCCAUAUGAGAAGAGGAUCACUGAGCUUUUGAAGGUCGGAAAGGACAAGCGUGCUCUUAAGGUCGCCAAGAGGAAGUUGGGUACCCACAAGAGGGCCAAGAAGAAGAGAGAGGAGAUGUCUAACGUUCUCCGCAAGAUGAGGUCUGGUGGUACCACCGAGAAGAAGAAGUAAGCUGUCUGUUAUGGUCAUGGAAAUUUUAUUUUUGAACUGUAGUUUUCUUGCAGUGGAUAUUUGGUGAAGAACUGUUAGACCAUUGUAAGGGGCGUGUAAUUUUUAUUGCCAUUUUAAGACCAUUUGGUUUUUCUAAGCAGAGGAUAUUUGGUUUAGUCGUAUUAAUCUGCUAUGAGCCACUGAAUUACUGGGGUAGUUUCGAUUGGUUGCUAUGUUGGUGGCUAUACCUGACGGCUUUAUUUUAUGAAACUAGCAGUGCAUUCCAG